AUGUGGUUCAGUAUUGGAAAGGAUGGCCCUCAAGGCGGAAUUUUGACACCGACGGUUUUUAUUACAUAUCAUGCUGAUAUGCCAGAUUUUCUUUCUUGGUGUUCUUCACACUUCUUUGCUGAUGACUUGACUGCGAUAUUAGCUGGUCAAAUUGGUGUAAAAUAUACACAACAAUGUUUAGAUCUUGAGAAAAAACUCAAAUUAUUUUUCGAUCAACUUGAAUACUAUUCUCGUCUUACAGUUCAACCUAUAAAUUAUUCUAAAACAGAAGGAAUUUGGAGUGCUAGAGCUAUAGGUUCAGCGCCAUUUGAAAUUGAAUCAGGAGAAAAUAAAAUAAAUUGGAUUAAAGAAUUUAAAUAUCUUGGAUAUUGGAUAAGUUCAAAGCUAGGAUGGGGUAAUAUGAUAAAAAGAUCGAUGUUAAAGAUUAGACAGAGAUUAGCAAUGAUUACUCAUUUAGAUUUUCUGGUAAAACGUCUGUUCCGCUAA